AUGAAAAGUGUCACCGCCAUCCUCUUUACCCUCGCCGCGCUGGCCUCUGCCGCGCCCAACCCCAAUGCUGACGCCAACCCAGCACUCCUUGCCACUCGGCAGACCUGCACUUACAACUGCCUCUGUCAGGAGGACGACGAGGGCGACGAGACCGACCCCAACACGGGGCCGUGCUGCGUCGCCGGCACGCUCACCAACGACGGCACGAUCUGCAGCGGAAUGACCCACGCCGCCGCCGAGACGUACGGCCUCUGCUGCGGCCGUAGCGGCGCUGCCGUGGAACCGACUAUCCUGGACAUCUGCGAGGCCUCGGGGGUUGCUGGGCUCUCCUACGGCAUUUCCCAUGCCGGCGAGACUCAUUUUGGGAAUUUCGGCUUCCGUAACGUACUGGAGAAGCUGCCUCCGAACGAAGAGACAAUUUACCAUCUCGGAUCCCUUACCGAGUUCUUCACAGCCGCCGUGGUGGGGAUCCUGGUGGAAAAAGGGCAGCUCAACUGGAUGGCCCCAGUACACCGUGGCAUGUUCCGCGGCCGGAGAUUCAGGGCGGGACGCUCAUGGGACCGGCGGGCGGGCUCCGCAGUUGUGUCAAGGACCUCUUUGAAGGUGUACGAGAACCUGCUCGCCGCAGCCAACCAUCAAUUCGCCGAGAACGCUUCCUCCGCGCCGCAGUCGCCCUUCAAGCAAUUUCAGACCAUCAUGACUGGCCACAUGCCCAUUUCGCACUCAACGCCGCGCGAGAACACGUACGCCCUCGGCUGGGCCCGUACGCAGCUUCCCGGACCUUUGGGGGCUACUGGUUUGAAUGGGAUGUUCGUCUCCGACAUGCCGACGGUAAGGGCGGGCUCUGAGUCUCGCCUCGUGCUGCACCAUCAAGGGAGCAUGCCGGGUUUUACCUCUGCUGCUUUUCUAUUUCCUGACACUGGAACCACUUUGGUUGUCCUGAGCAACUCACUUCCACUAAACGAUGCAGUGGACUGGAUCGGACAACUGCUGAUGGAAAGCAUAUUCGAAACCGAAGGGGGUACUGAUUUUGUGAAGCUCGCGAAAAAGAGCGCGAAGGCUCAUAUCAUGUACUGCAAGAAAGUUGGGCUCGAACUCGAGGCGCUCAAGAACAGCGGAACUCCAGCAAGCAGGCCUUUCGAAGACUACGGCGGGGAUUACUACAACUCGAUCGGCAACCUUUGCUUGCAACUCAAGCUUGAGGGAGGGAAACUGACCUUGGUGUUCCAAGGUCUCCCGGGCGAAGCAUACACACUUCAUCACCUUGACUCGGAUACAUUCCAUUGGCAUGUCCCUUACAAUGAAGAUGUCCAGCGAGCACGGUUCACCGUCAUGGAUGCCAACUUCUACCAGAUCAAAUUCAUGGCCGGCACAGGGGGCACUAUCGGCCAGCUUGUCUGGGCCCACGAACCGGACAUCCCUGAAGGAGAAGUCUUCACCAAGAGAAAGCGAAACGGCUGUUAUACCGAAGAACAAGUUCUCCAAGCUCUUUCUCAGUUGCAAAAUGGCCGUUCGUUGGCUUCCGUUUCAAAAGAAUGUCCAUUCCUAGGUCUACUUUACAAGGCCGUCUACAGGGAGCCUAUCACGGGUGGGAAUGCCGUGGUGGAAAGCGACUGGGUUGUUGUCACGGUUAUGGCCGCCUGCAGCCGGCCGGCGGGGGUACGCUGGCAGUAUCCCGAACCAAUCAUUGGGGAGGACUACACGGCCAAUGAGACAGCGGUCCCAUCGCUCAUGAAGGGCCAUGCCAAGAGAAUGAGCAAGUGCUCAUUCUGCUCAACAAGGGAGCUAUGA